UUGAAAAAAAAAACCUUCAAAUUCUUUUCCCACGUGUAGUGCUUCAGCAAUAGUUGAUACUGUACCAAGAUUAUAUUCCAGAAUUGAUCUUGAGUAGGUUGAUUCAUACGCAUCUCUUUGGUUCCUCAGACAUAAAAGUACAAUUGGAAUACAAUUAACAAUUUUAAUGACCAAGAAAAGUAACAAGGAGAAAGACAAUUUCAUUAUCCAGACCUGUGAAAACUUUCUCUUUUUUUGAACAAGAACAUGAAACUAAAGUCAACAAAAUAUUUAUUUGAAGUUUUCAGGAAUUUGAGUUUUUUGAAACUCUUUCAUUCAUUAACGAAUUUGAAGAAGAUAAUUGGAUAUUCUGCACUACUUCUUAUUUUGAAGGACAAAAACUCGUACAACUCUUACUCUUUUGAUAACCUCCUAGACAUGGAUUUGAAACAAAACUCACAAGGUUCUCUACCACAAAAAACUGUAAUAACACUGAGUGCAGAGCCAAGGUAUCUUGUGGUCUGUAAUCCUUCAGAACAAGACCGAAUCUCAGUGGUCUCAGUCUAUGUGAGUUCCCCCACAGCACAAGUGUCUUCUGCUUCCGGAAAGCCUGUGGAAAUUCAGAUGAGUGCAGUUUGGAAUACAGCAACUACUAUUUCACAGACAGCCUAUGAGAUCUCCUUCCUAGUGCAGAUGCCACCACUCGGACUGAAAGUGUAUAGAAUUUUGGAAUCAGCAAGUUCAGACCCACAUUUAGCUGAGUAUGUGCUGCAUAAUGGUAACGUAAAAGAUAAAGGAAUUUUCAACAUGAAGAAUGUAAAAAGUACUGAAGAAGAUAUAACUCUAGAGAACUCCUUUGUUAAACUUCGGUUUGAUCAGUCUGGGCUUUUGGAGGAAAUGAUAAAUAAAGAAGACAGUAAACAUCAUGAAGUAAAAGUGCAAUUUUCAUGGUAUGGAACCACCAGUAAAAAGGACAAAAGUGGUGCCUACCUCUUCUUACCUGAUGGGGAAGCCAAGCCUUAUGUUUACACAACACUGCCCUUUGUCAGAGUGCAACGUGGAAGGUUUUACUCAGACGUGACUUGCUUUUUGGAACAUGUUACCCAUAGGGUCCGACUGUACAACAUCCAAGGAAUAGACGGACAGUCUGUGGAAGUGUCCAAUAUCGUGGACAUCCGAAAAGAACAUAACCGUGAGAUUGCAAUGAGAAUUUCUUCUAGCAUAAACAGUCAAAACAAAUUUUAUACUGACCUGAAUGGAUAUCAGAUUCAGCCCAGAAUGACGAUGAGCAAAUUGCCUCUUCAAGCAAAUGUCUAUCCGAUGACCACAAUGGCCUAUAUACAGGACACCAAGCAUCGCUUGACAUUACUCUCAGCUCAGUCUUUAGGGGUUUCAAGUUUGAAAAGUGGUCAGAUUGAAGUUAUCAUGGAUCGAAGACUCAUGCAAGAUGAUAAUCGCGGCCUUGAGCAAGGUGUCCAUGAUAACAAGGUUACAGCUAAUUUAUUUCGACUACUACUGGAAAAAAGAAGUGUGAAUACGGUAGGAAAAAAAUAAUAACUCAUACGUUCUGAUGUUGUUUGUUCUUUGCCACCCAAAAUUUGAAAUUAUGACUGUCCACUUUUUUUAUGAUUUUCAGUUCCCAGGAUUGAGAUAUCUUUAUAAUAGGUGUAGCCUAUAUUGACAAAAAAGAGAACUUCAGUUACACAUAUGUCAGAUUUGCAUUUAGGUCAUCUUAUUUUUUAUUUUUCCUUAUUAUGUAGAUGUAAAAUGUUAAAGAAUCAGUUUGGGUGAGAUUUUCUGAGAUUAUUUUGAAAGAAAAUAAGAGUUGAAUUUAAGAAUAGAACUUAAUCACAUACU